UCAUGCCUCCUUAGAUCCUUCAGCUGGCCCAUCAGCUGCAUAUCUUCUUGGCUUUUUCUCCAUUUGGUGGGUUGGGUUACGCUACCUCUACAGUUUCUCUUUUCUCUUCCAGCUCCUUUGACCCCAGUAAUGGACUUUCUUCUCAGUGGGGUGGCUGCCUGUGGGGCUUGCCUCUUUACCAACCCCCUGGAGGUGGUGAAGACCCGGAUGCAGCUCCAAGGAGAACUACGUGCUCCUGGCACCUACACCCGCCAUUAUCGUAAUGUCUUCCAUGCCUUCUACACCAUUGGACGGGUGGAUGGGCUGACAGCUCUCCAGCGAGGACUUUUACCUGCUCUGUUCUACCAGUUUGGUUUUAACGGCAUCCGCUUGGGCACCUAUGGGAUAGUUGAAUCGGCAGGCUACAUCCACACACUGGAAGGAUAUGUCAGCCCACUGCGGGCCACACUGGCAGGAGCCCUGGCUGGCGCCAUGAGUGCCAUUGUGAGCAGUCCCCUGUAUUUGGUAAAGACUCAUCUUCAGGCUCAGUCAGUUUCUGAGAUUGCUGUAGGACACCAGUAUCGGCACCAGGGGAUGCUUCACGCAUUUUGGAGGAUCCACAAGGAACAUGGAGUGCUGGGACUGUGGCGUGGGGCCAUUUCUUCUAUGCCCCGAGUCAUGGUGGGUUCCUCUACGCAGUUAUGCACCUUCUCCUUUUCCAAACAGUUCUUCAACCACCUUGAGAUCUACCCUAAGGACAGCUGGCUGAUUGCCUUGUCUGCCGGAAUGACUAGCAGCUUCACCGUGGCCAUCGCUAUGACACCUUUUGAUGUGGCCAGCACACGCCUCUACAACCAACCUGUUGGACCUGAUGGCCAGGGCAUGAUGUACAAAAGCCUCUUGGAUUGCCUGGCCAAAAUUGUCCGGACGGAGGGCUUCUGGGGAGUCUACAAAGGUGUAGGAGCAUCUUACUUCCGCAUUGGGCCACACACCAUCCUCAGUCUUCUCUUCUGGGAUCAGCUGCACCAAGUCAAACUCCACUGGCAGCAGGAGUGAAGCCGGUUGUUGUGGGGAUGCCCACCCCAAUUUCCAUGUUGCUACUUAUCUCAGGGGGAGCCCAGGCCUCCCUGUGAGUCAAGCCAGUCUCAGACACUGGAUGCCAGCAGGCUGGUGACUUCUAUUCUGCAGAGAAAGCUGUUGGCUGCCCCUUCCUGUACUCAUUUUUGGCUGCUCCCACCUCUUGGUCCCCUUUCCUUUCUAUUGCUACA